UAAACUAUGAUCUCAUUUAAUCAUAUUUUUUAUGCGAGUUUAAAUGUAUAUAUAGAAUAUAAUGAGUGUUACACGAGCACACUGAAAUUACGCUGAAAUCAACAGAACGUUUGCCAAAGUAGUUUAUUUGCCCUGGUCAAGUACUGGACUGGGAUGGCUUCUGUGGGUUCAACAGUUGCAGAGGCUGUAUAACCAAACGACUGUUGUCUUCAGAUUUACAGUAUCAUCGCCGUGGGAUGGCUUCCAAUAGCUGGAAAAGCAAAGUUAUUUUGAAUGUGCUUUCCUAUCUUGACUACAAGACAGGAAAAUUCAUAAUUGUAGGAAGCAAGAGAGUCGGCAGUUUGUACAGAGUUAUACAAUUAUCCAUCAUUGGAUACCUUGUAGGUUUUAAGCAGAUUAUCCCCAUUGAGAUUGCUGCAGUAUAUUGUCCUCCUGGUCUACACAGGUAUGUAUUCCUGAGCAAGAAGUCCUACCAGACCAAAGAGGAAUCUAUCCAGAGUACUGUGAUGACCAAACUGAAGGGAGUGGCGGUCACCAACACAUCAGAGUUCGGACGGAUGGUGUGGGGACCUGUGGACUAUGUCAUUCCACCUCAGGGGGAAGCAGUUUUUUUCAUUGUUACCAAUUUUAUAGAGACACCAAACCAGAAGUUGGGCAACUGUGCUGAGUUGUGGGGUAUUGUUCCACAGAGCCCCAAUGUGCCAGAUGGCCACUGUAAGGGAGAUGAAGACUGUGCAGAGGGAGAGUUGGUGGUAGCUGGCCAUGGAGUUAGGACAGGCCGCUGCUUGAGAGACAAUGCGAAAUCCAAUGGUACAUGUGAGAUAUAUAGCUGGUGCCCCAUUGAGAGAAGAUGCCAACCACAGGAUAGACAUAAACACAAGAAUAUGUUAAGAGAAGCUGAAAACUUCACCAUCUACAUAAAAAAUGUCAUCCGAUUUCCCAAAUUCAGUUUCUCAAAGGCCAACGUUCAAGACACGGCUGAUAAAUUCCAUCUGAAGAAAUGUCGCUACGAUGAGGCUCUUGAACCCUACUGCCCCAUAUUCCGUCUGGGAGACAUUGUUAACCAAACUGGACACAGCUUUCAGGACAUGGCUUUGAAGGGUGGUAUAAUUGGAAUUCUGAUUGGGUGGGAGUGCGACCUUGACAGAGAUCCCUCAGAAUGCCAGCCACGGUACGACUUUACUCACAUUGACGUUAAUGUGUCCAGAGAGUCCUCAGGAUUCAACUUCAGACAUGCUCGCUAUUUUAAAACUGGGUCUGGAGAAAGCUACCGAACACAUUUCAAAGUGUUUGGUAUACGCAUCAACAUUAUGGUGCAUGGGAAGGCUGGAAAGUUCUGUAUCAUACCCACCAUUAUCCAUAUAGGCUCAGGACUAGCUUGUAUUGGUGGUGGGGCCUGGUUCUGUGACUGGAUUCUUCUUUACCUGAUGAAAAAUAGGGAGUUCUAUAAGGACUGGAAGUUUGAAAAUGUGAAGAACAGUACUACAGAGGAUAUAAAACAAACCCCAGAAGAGCAGCAGCUCACUGACCUAUCGCCUGAGGUUUAACACCAUGGCAGCAGCUCACUGACCCAUCGCCUGAGGUUUAACACCAUGGCAGCAGCUCACUGACCCAUCGCCUGAGGUUUAACACCAUGGCAGCAGCUCACUGACCCAUCGCCUGAGGUUUAACACCAUGGCAGCAGCUCACUGACCCAUCACCUGAGGUUUAACACCAUGGCAGCAGCUCACUGACCCAUCGCCUGAGGUUUAACACCAUGGCAGCAGCUCACUGACCUAAUCACUUAUUGUUUAAUCAUGGCAGCAGCUCACUUAGCCUUGCCUAGUUAUGUAAUGGUUAAAUACAAAAACAAAAGAAACCGACGUAGAAGACAUGCCUGAGCGGGAUGCCACACAUUCUGGUCAUGAGGAGAGAGAGAGUAACUGUCGGAGGUUCUCUUCACUGUUCAACUAAUCCAUACUCUUUUAGGGUCCAGGUAGAAGCCUUUUUGGUUCCAGGCAGAACCCUUUUGGGUGCCAUGUAGAACAAAAAAUGGUUCUUCAAAGGGUUAUCCUAUGGGGACAGGCGAAGAACCCUGUUAGGUUCUAGAUAGCACCUUUUUUUUCUAAGAGUGCAGUAAAUGUGGAGGAGGAGUUAAGAUGGAGUGUUGCCUUGUUGAUAUUCCAGAUUGAAACAAAUGUAAAGAGCAAGCAAGCACGUGCCAUAGCUAGCUACUAGACAGAUAUUAGCUAGUGUUAUCUAGAGAUAAUGGAAUCUCUGACAAAGUUGACAUCAACAAAAUUAGUAUGUGGUGUCUGUCGACUUUGUGGCAAGAACAUAAUCUCGAGGAAAGACAGGAGGUUGGUGGCACCUUAAUUGGGGAGGACAGGCUCAUUGUAAUGGCUGGAGCAGAAUCAGUGGAAUAGUAUAAAAAAAAUAUUUUACCUUUAUUUAACUAGGCAAGUCCGUUAAAGAACAAAAUCUUUUUUUCAAUGACGGCCUAGGGACAGUGGGUUAACUGCCUUGUUAAGGGGCAGAACGACAGAUUUGUACCUUGUCAGCUCGGGGAUUCAAUCUUGCAACCUCUUGCAAAGUACAUCAAACACAUGGUUUGAUGCCAUUCCAUUUGCUCUGUUCCAGCCAUUAUUAUGACUGGUCCUCCCCUCACCAGCUUCCACUGACCUAUAGGCAUUUGCUAUAUGUUUCACCGGGACUGUAAACAGCGAGGCGCACGUCCAAAAGUGGGCCGUAUCUCCUUAAAACCAGAUGGUUCUGGGUUCCUUCGACCUCGCUGAAAGUGGCAACUCCUUAUGGAUUUAAACUUGACAUCAUGCGUGACAGCAUAUAGGCUUCCUCUGUUGAACUAUUCUUGUGUUAUUCACUGAUGGAUAGUUUGUUUUAUCACAUUUGUUUUACCAUUGUUUUAUCACUGAAUAUUGUGUGAUUUAGCAUACAUAGUUUGCAAUUUUUUUGUAAUUUCUGAUAACCUGUAUAAUCUUCAGUUUACAUCUACAGUUAAUCUAUGUUUUACCUUUGUCCUACUUUCAAGUUACAACUGUAGUCUUCAUGGGGCGGCAGGGUAGCCUAGUGGUUAGAGUGUUGGACUAGUAACUGAAAGGUUGCAAGUUCAAUUCCCCGAGCUGACAAGGUACAAAUCUGUCGUUCUGCCCCUGAACUGGCAGUUAACCCACUGUUCCUAGGCCGUCAUUGAAAAUAAAUAAUAAUAUGUUCUUAACUGACUUGCCUAGUUAAAUAAAGGUUGAAAAAAAAUGGCCAUGUAUGAUUUCAUUUAAUUUCUAAAUUGUUCAUUUGUUUGAAUAUUUCAUAAUUUUUUUUACUAAUAAAAAUAUAUGUUUCAUUUAAAUCAAA